AUGUUUUACGUUUUAUACGCAUUUUUCGCCGUAAUACCGUUCACGGACGCGGCCAACGUGUUGGUGUUUUGGCCUUUGCCGAUCCCCAGCCAUUUUCAUGGUUUCGAGCCGCUGUUUACGGAACUCGCCACCCGGGGUCAUAACGUGACAGUCGUCAGUCACUUUCCUAAAUCCAAACCCGUUGCUAAUUACACGGACAUCGCAAUAAUCGACCAACAAAUGCUCGACGAAUCGUUAACAAUGCCAGGUGAUACGCGUGUUCUUAUUUAAGUCGAUGAUACGAUUCGGUGACUUUUCGGUCGGUGCAAUUUUCCACCGGUAAAUUCAUAUAAUUUUGUAUGUAGGUUGUAGGUAUACGUUAUCAUAACUAUUUUGUACGAAUACGUUAUGAACAAAAAAGACGAAUGUAUUUCGCACAGUAGGUGCGCUACUGUUGUAGGUGAGCAGUUGGGGGAAGGUUGGAUAUAGAAAAAAAUUUAAUUUUUAUCUGUGCGGGACGGUAAACCAUUUGCUAACAAAAAACGUAAAAAAAAUGUAUGUACGUAAAUUUUCCCGUUUUUCUUACACGUCUCCCGGUUUUCUAUAAUUAUUAUAAAAAUUGCUUGAAAAAUAUUACAUUUGAAAAUCGAAGCAAGAUUUUUGGUAAAAAAAAAAAUAAACUUCGUUAUAAAACCAACACAUUCUUCAUUGCACUCGAAAUCUAGAAGUAGAUUAUCAAAAAAAAUAUUUUAAUCAUUUGUUACAGUGGUUUUGUAAAUCUUGGAUAAUAAUCUCGAGUCGACUUGACAUUAAAAUUUAAUACGAAUUAAUAUUCGAAUAUUAUAAUAUUGUAUAGUUGAUAUUGUUAUACAGUAAUAGUAUAAAGUAUGCUUGAUACGGUUGAAACGUUGACAACAUUGAUAUAACGACAGGUAAAAAUGUCUAAACGGCCGGAAAAUCAAAGGAAUACAUUUUUAUUUACUUUUAUUCGACACAUUUUUAACAAAAUUAACAAAAUAAUGUUACCUUAUUAUUUAUUAUUCUAAUUCGAUAUUCCCUAUAAAAAUAAUUACCUAAAUAAUUAUGAAACCUAAUCAUUGACGUCAAGGGGUUGCGUAUAAGUGACUGAACGACAUUUUCAGAAAUAUUUAAAUUUGCUUUAUUUUUACAAUAACAGGAAGAUAACUUCACAUUCUUCGGUCCCAGGGUAAGAAGGCACAUUUUUGAAUUCUCUUUUAGAUUUUGAAUGGAUCGAAGAAUGUAUUUUUUUUCUAUGUAUGAACAUUUCUUCUACCAUAAAUAUUGUUCUAAUCAUUCAUUUAGGAUUUAUGAUCUAGUUAAUGCAUUGUGGAGGUAGGUAGUUUUUAGAUUUUCAUUGUAAGUUUCUUAAUAAAUUGGAAAAUCUGACAAUUCGUUAUAUAAUUUCUGUUCAUUUCUGGUUUUCUUGUUUUAAAUCAGGGAAAAUUGUAACUUAUAGUACCUACUUUGUUCAGAAUCGUUAUUCGUUAGCAAUGGUUUUUGUCGUUACAUACAGGUAUAAAUUAAAUUAUCCUCCUUUGUACUCCCCUCACAAUCUUCCUUCUAUUAUUUUUUAUAAUUUUGUCUUAUUAAAAAAAAAUGUUUGGUCUAUAAAGGCGUAAGUGUACGGAUUUUUGAACACGUGUUAUUAUAUUGGAAAUUAAAGUAUCUUCUAACUAUGAUGGAUUUUCUGUUCGGCAAAAAGAAAAAAAGACGUUUAUAAUUUUACCACUUAUGUCAUUUAGAAAUUGAGUUUAGACCAUUAUGCCAUUUAUCAAAUUUUCAGUUUGUACUGGAAACUACACAAUAUUGACAUAAGCCUUUUCUCCGUGGAAUUAAUUAAUUAUUGUCUUUGUAUGAUUACAUUAUUACAGUGAUUCCGAUGGAUAUAAUCAACUACAACGUGUUUCAAGUUUUACGUGCCGGCUGGAAGAUAAACAAACGGUACGCCGAGAAAGUGUUGCCGGCGAAAAACCUUCAGGAUUUCGUGCUAUCCGAGUCGUACUCAUUUGAUUUGGUACUGAUCGAGUCGUUCUAUCAAGAGUACACGGUGACGAUGGGACACAAGUUCGGGGCGCCGGUCGUCUGCAUUACUUCGACGCUGAUACAGCCGACCAACAGCCACUGGAUCGGACUGCCGACGACUUUCUCGUAUCUGUUGGACGUGCGCACGCGUUCUAGCGACCGGAAGACGUUUCACGAACGUCUGAAAUCCACUAUGAUCGGUUUCAUCCAAGUGUACUUGGAACGGUUUUUGUACGUGCCGGCGCAGACCGGCUACAUGGACAAGUAUUUCCGGUACAAAAACCACGAAUCCAGGCCGUCCAUCGGCGUUAUGUUGGCCAACGUGUCGCUGACGCUGGUGAACGGAGACGUGAGCGUCGGGGCACCGAGGCCGUACUUGCCGGGCGUCGUCGAAAUCGGAGGUUUGCAUUUGCCGGUGCCCAAACGGUUGCCCGACGUAAGUGUAUAAUUUAGGGUGCUAACAUUAGGUAAUUAUUUUAAACGCUCUCGGCAGGUACCUAAUUCAAAGUAAAACUACUAUAGAACUGACGGUUUUUUUUUUUUUUGUAAUUUAACUAUACGAUUCACUACGCUCAGCAUUUAAUUGGGGGCACGUUCUGGGUGAAACUUUUGUUAGUUGCAGUGUCUUGGGAACGGAUACAGUGUCGUGUACAUCUGCACCGUUAACGGUUUUUAAUCCGGUAAACGCCGAAAGGCCGAUAAUCACAGAAAACCUGGUAUUCUGGCCGGAUUUGGGACUAGUCUUCAUAGGCUAUAGCCUAGGGACGCUACGUCUUCAGGGAGCGUCAUGGUUGGCAGAAUUCUUGGUUUUUCUUUUAGGUAGAUUUUCUAUCUGUGAAUUUAAUUUACCAUCUACUAGAAAAAAUAUAUUCUAUUUAGUUGUUAGAAAUAUUGUUGAACAUAAAUACUGAUAUUAAAUAAUGUUAAUUUUUUUCAAAUUAGUUGUUCGCUGAUUCGGUGUUGUAAUAUAAUAAAAAUAGCUGCUAAUUAGCCAAAUAUCAUUCGUAAAAACUGGGUGAUAAAACUUAAAAUUAUAUUAUAUCUACAUAAUAAUAUUAUUGCGUAUUUAUAAUAUUUUUCACUCACCUUGUCGGAGUGAAUCAAAAUAUUCCCAUGACGGUACCAACCUCUUUUAUCGCCUCUACCUUUCGAAGAGGCGACAAAUUUAAUGUUGUGUUAGGUCGACAGCCGAUGUAAAAUUCUGUUAAACCGUAUGAUGAGUUUUCAAAACAAUAAUUUAGCUGAUUAUCCCAUCUCGGAUGUGCAUGGGGAGUGGGAAUAACAGGUGAGAGGAGGUAUAAUUUUUCAGAUGAUAUAGCUUUGAUGGGAAGGAGUUUUUACUCUCCAAAGUGAAGUAAUUUUUUUAAAUUAAUCCAUUAUACAUUUUUAUAUAGACUUACGAAAAUAGUAAAUAAAUGGGGAGGGGAAAGUCUAUGUUAUAAGAAGUAGAAGCUUAUUUUUAUUCUAGGAGCGCUUUUUAGGGGGAUGCUAGGGAGUCUUUAGUACCUCCAAGUUUAAAAUUACCAUCCUCCUCAAAAAAACCCAAUUGCCUUUUUUAUAAUAACGAAUAAAUAGUUUAUCCCUGUAUUUCAUAAUUGAUGAGCAGAACAAAAUACAGAUAUUAUCCUAUACAGACUAUAUGCAUAUGUGUAUGAAAAAUAAUAUAAAAAUAGUUAUGAUAUAUUUGUUCAUGUAAAAUUGCUUUACACAUUGCCGUACAUUACCUAAGCUAUGAUUAGGCUUUUUAUAAAAAUGUUAACAUUUUUUUUGAAAUUCAGUUAAGAAUAUUCGUAUCAUCUAAAUGUAUUUAAAAUUUGGACAGAAAACUAACAUUUGCCUUUUCUAGACGUGGUGAAAUUUUCAAAACAUUUAAGCCAUUUAUAGACAUUUUAAUUUUGCGAGUUUUGUACGUAAUUUUUAUUCGGUAGGUACUGUGUGGUAAAAUUGUUAGACUUAGCAGAAAUGUUUGAAUAUUUAACAGCAGGUUCAUUAAAAGUCUUACUUAUGGUAAAAAAAAAAAAAAUUACACAAAUUAAAAUUUGAAAAUGGUUGGGAAAUCGACUUUUAAUGUUUCAUAAUAUCCUAAAAUUGUUGCCAUUUGAAACUGUUACUUUCGAAAUAUGACUUAAUUUUAAGUCCCAUUUUUAAAAUCCAAAAAAUUCUACAUUUAGUUGAUGAUUAUUCUUUAUAGAAAUAUUUUGUGGAUUAAUUUAAAUUCUAGAUCAAUUUGUUGAUUAUCAAGUGAGAUAGAGCGGUUUAAUUAGAAAUGUUUACUACAUUUUUAUUGAAGAAUUGCAAUUUUCACGCUAAAAAUAUUAGUUAAUUUAUUUCAGUCAAAAUAGUUCAAUUUUUUCAGAAUUUAUAUUUAUUAUAUUGGCUAACACAGAAUUAUUACAAAAAAUAUUCUUCCCCUCCCAGUUAUAGUAAUACGUAAUGCAAUAUUAACAAAAUAAAUACAAGUUUUCCGCUUUUUAAAGUUACGUAAUAUUACGCAAUUUUUAAUAUCCACAUGAUAUAGUUCAAGUUGUUAUAAAAAAUUUAAAAAAAAAAUUGCGUCAGAUCAUUCUAAUCAUGAAACACGUAUUUGUUAUACUAUUUAACUUAAUUUAUUGGAACUUUUAAAACGUUAUUAUUCUGUUUUAUUGAAACGCAAUGGAUUUGAUUUAAUUUUAUUAAGAAAUUAUCACAAUAAAUUUAAAAUUGAUAAUAUUUAAACGGAAAAAAGACGAAUUUAUUUAUUAAUGAACAUGAACUAGCUCAUUAAAAACAAAAAACCUCUUCCGUCAUUAUAAAUACUUCGUACUAUCAAUGCUGCAUAUAACUGUAAAAUACACAAAGGUUUUUAGAUUAUAAUAAAUUAUAAAAUAAUAUAAUAAUUAUAAUCUUAUAAAACCUUGUGAAUAUGCAACCAGGCCACGUUACUUAACGAAAACGGUUCUUAUCAUUUUCGGACAAUUAUUUAUCGUUGGUAAGAUUGUAAGUGUUUACAAAUUAUGAUUAAAUUAAACAAAAAAUACCACCAGCUGUAGUUGAUACUGCUGAUGGAGUGUCUAAUGUUUUUUAAGGAGAGUUGUAAUAGAGGAUACAUAGAUUAGUUUAAUUUAUAUUUGUACGCUACGAUAAAUGAUUGCUAAUUAAAACCGAUUCUGAGCAGAGUAUUAUUAGUCGUAUUUUUCCCGUUGUUUCCAAAGUAAUACAAGUUUAAAAGAAAUUGCCAAUUUUACCUAUUUUUAGAGAAAUAUUAAAGAAAAUUUAAAAUUAUCUUCUCAAUGCACUAACUAGAUCAAACAUUAUACAAAAAAGUCCCUAUAAAUUUUUUGUUUGGUAAAAAAGUUAUGUAUGGGCACAAAAGCACAUUAUAGUACAACCAAUAUAUUCUACCCAGAAUUUAAAAGCUUUGUUGUUAAUUUAAAUACAUAGGUAGUAAAUAAAUAUAUUAAAAUAAAUAAAUACAAUUUCCCCAGCAAAUGUGAGAAACCAGGAAAAAACAUGGGAAAACGGGAAAAUCGGAUCAAUAUUAAAUAAAUACUAUGAAAGAAAAUAUUUAAUGCCUAUUUAAUAAUUUUACCAUAUUAAGACAUAUAUAUUGUUGACAAAGCAUCAUUAUCAACUGAAAUCCGCUCAGAAUCGUAUUUUCGUUAGUAAUAGUCUAUUGUUGCCUAUAUGUAUACAUUAAAUUUCCGUCUACCUUCCCAACUUCACACUUACAACAGUGGUUGCACCUAAGUGCGAAGUAUAGCCGUCUUUUUUAUUUGUAAUUAAAUAUUUUCCUUUUCGAAAAGUAGAAAAAUUUUGAAAAGAUUUUAUAUUUGCAAGAUUUUACAUAGUUUUCAUUCGUUAAAUAUCAUUGUUUAACCGAACCGAUAUGCUUGAAAAGUAAACAAGAAAUUCAUUGUAAGUUGUACUUAGUGGUCAAAAACAGCAGAGUGUAGUGUAGUAAUUUUUUUUGUGGUUUUAAAAUCAAAUUUUGAUGAAAAUCGUAAAUAUUACGGACUUUCUAAUUACGUAAAAGCGAACUUCACGCAGAAUCGUUUUUGUUAGUAAUAUUAUAUCGUUGCUUACAGGUAUAAAUCAAAUAACUUUAUGUACCCAUCAGCAGUAUCAACUAUUUUGUUUGAAAAUCAAUUUUAUACAGUAAUAUCUGGUGAAAAUUUCAGAGUUUGAGACGGUACGUCGAGUCAGCCGUCGACGGCGUAAUUUUCAUAAGCUUCGGCACUUACGUCCAUCCGUGCAAAUUUCCUAAACGCUCUUUAGACGCGUUCGUCAGCGCCGUCGGUAAACUGAAACAGAAGGUUUUGUGGCGUUGGGGAUGCGACGGCGAGACGCCAAAUGUGCCCGCCAAAAACGUAAUAUUUAACAAAUGGUUCCCGCAGUUCGACAUACUAAGUAGGGGCAAUAAUAAUGUUAUAUCGUGUCCUUGAUUCAGGGAAUAAGGGCUCAAGUCAAAUGUGUAUAGUUUUCAAUACGAGCAAAUUAAUAAUUGACAGUUGCUAAUGGCCUACGCCAAAUACGGCGUUCUAUAUAAAUGGUAACUCGAGUCGUGGUCAUCUCACGACUCGAGUCACGCCUUGUUGUCAAACCAUAAGAGCAUCGCGGUUAGUUAAAAUGUUUUAAUGGUCAAACAGUAAAUGUAAACCGUGCGUCCGAAUAAGUGUAUGCGUGCGCAUAAGUGUGGCGUAAGCGUAUUGGGAAUACUGUCACCGUUUCCAGGAAUUUUCAUACUUUCCUGAACUGUCAACAUUUCCGGUAACAUAAUAUUACAAUACACGUUAGCUAUGCACUCGGUGCCGUGCCUAGCAAAAUCGGCAUCUGGUUUCCAGAAAAACUGAACGGUGAGCAUGGGCCAACCUGUCUGUAAGGCGUUCGCUCGUACGUUUAUUAUAAAAAUAUUCAAUUACAGAACUUAAACGUUUUCAAAUGGCGCCCCGGUAGUCAUAGAACCCGGUGCGCGGGCACCUCUCAUACCGCCACCCCCCCCCCCCUCUAGGCUCGGCCCUGUGUACACUUAAAAAGAUAUGCCGAAUAUUGACUCAAGCUCUUCUUGCCCGGGACCAAAGAUUCGUUCGGUCGGUUGUACCACGAACCGUUAUUAUGCGUACUUAUAUGAUUGCGAUCAACAGGCCAUCCGAAUGUUAAACUGUUCAUCACCCACGGCGGCCUGCACAGCGUCGAGGAGUCCACUUACAACGCGGUCCCGAUGGUCGGCGUGCCGUUUUUCGCCGACCAAUUCACCAACAUCAAAUUGGUUGAGCAGAAAGGCUACGGGCGGCUGAUGGAUUUGGGCGACGUCACUCAACGCAGUCUGCUCGCGGUCAUCGACGAAAUAUUGACUGAUCCGAGGUGAGAUUCGCUCACAAUUAAUAAUACUGUAAGUCCGUUUCUGUAUGACAAUGUUUAUAAUUAAUAAUCGUUAUUAAUUAAAUGGACGCACAAAAGAAACACGGCGCUGUGGGCAAAUUGUAUGUCCACUGCGGGCGGGUCGGUAAGGUCGAUAAGGGAGUUGAGAAGAUGUUCAUUAUGUGAAGUUAUAUGUAAACAAAUGUUCUCAUAACCGAAAUAGUGGUCACAGACGUGAAAUACGAAAAAAAAAAAACAACAGAUUUGUAACAUCUAUUUGAUUGUAUGUUGUAAAACUUGUAUUAAAAGUACCAUUAAUUUUGUGAUUUUGCGCCUGGUGUUACUCUAUUCGAAAUUUUCCGCGUCGAAUAAACUAAAUCGCGUACCUACCAUACAUCGCGUUUACUUUCCCCGUUUUGCGCCCAUACUGCGCAGUGACGCAAUUGGUUCAUGAACCUUGGGGGUGCUUGAACCCCACUGUAUUAAUCAAAUGAAUGCGGCACUUAGACGGUCAGACAAGUCUACCCCCUCCCCACCGCUUUUGACCGCGCCACUCCAACAGUCUAUACAACGGCGGCCCCCUCGCAGCGCCAAGUUUAUAUACAUGUCCGGCUUUUUAAGAAAUUAUCGCAUAUCCGGUCGAUUGUUUUGUUUCAGGUACAAAGAAAACGCAAUCGCGUUCAGUAAAAUUUAUAAAGACAGUCUUUUGAAACCGAUGGACAGGGCUGUGUAUUGGAUAGAGUACGUUUUGCGAAACGGCGGCGCGUCGCAUUUGAAAAGCCACGCUAUCCAUUUGAAUUCAAUUCAGUAUUUCGUAAUCGACGUUAUCGUUUCGGUAUCGAUCCUCGUGGCCGUGGUAACCUAUUUGUCCUACAAAAUGUUGAAAACUGUAAAACGAAUAUUAUUGUGAUAUUAUUGUUAUUGUAUUUUGUUGACCGUCCUUUACUGACAUUUAUCUUGAUUUGUAUAUGAAUAAAUGAUUCAGUUGAAGCGAUGGAAAAUAUAACAAUUAUAGUCCGGAUUGUUAAUUGUUUUUUGUAUAGACUAUAUUUUUAAUUUUUUACGAUAAUCGCUUUAAUCGGUAUUUGGUUAGUUUUUUAAGUAUAGGUAAUAAAAAAACCAUUGAUAACAAUUAUAUAUUAUUAGAAGCAUCGCGGCGGUUGUUUUUACAUUAUGGAAAUGAGAUCGAGUAUUCAUUUUUGUUUUGCUAUAUAUUUUAUAUUAAGCAAUAUAUUACAUACAUUUGAAAUAAGACGACGUAAAAGGUACAUAUUUUUUUAUAAAUAUCGAAAACAAAAAAAAAAAACCAGCAAUGUUUUUCUGAACAGUUAUAAUUUUUAAUGUUUUCAAUGAAAUGUAUUUCCGUUAUGUAAUGAUUACCUGCAUUACUGUUCGUAUACUGAAAAUUUGUCGACGCGAUAAUAUUAUUUUCAGUGUUAUAUUGUAAAAACAAAAAAAAAAAAAUCGCAAUAUAUUACCAGUAUCCCUCGUUUUAUAUGUUUUUACAUAACCAUCACUCUAUGUUAUUGAUCAUAUACAAUGUUUGCCGGCGUAAUGACAUUAUAAAUAAUUAUCGAACGAAACUCCUAUUUGUAAUUACAGACGACGUUUUCGUUUAUAGAUCACGAACGUUUUUCCUCCGGAAACCACCCGGAAAUAUCAGAAAAAACUGCUAACGAAAAUUACCUAUUAGACGGUGGUUCGCAACUAAAUAUCAAUAAUAUAUGUAAUAUCAUCGUGUAAUUGAACAUUGUUUUUUUUAUUAAUUUUUUGUUUUAUAUUUCGUUAUUAAUUUGAAUUCUUUUUUGAAAAAGUUUAAUCCUUAAAAUCCUAAAAUAUACAAAAAUAUGUAAAAUAAAAAUAAUAUUAUUUGAUUCAGUUGAACAUGAAUCAAAUUUGCAUCCAGGUCAGUAUUGUAUUGGAUGAACAGAAAAAAUAUGCAAUUUCAUAAACAUCCGAACCCUAGAUAUUGAAAACACCGAUCGGUGUACUUAUGGAAAUGCAUUGUAUUGUAGUGCGAUAACGAAAUAAUGGUGUUUAAGUAAUUAAAUGUUAAUAAUAUACGGUUUUAAGACGACAUUUUCAAACUCCGGAGGUCUACAGGAAUUAAAUGGCAUUUUAUAAAGAUGUUUUGAAAAAUCGUUUCAAUCGCAAUAUUUACAGUCCAAACCGCUGGACACAGAGACAUGCAAUUUUGCGCGUUGUCAUAGUCAUUGUUAAGAGCGGUUGGAGAUUGUCGAAUUGUUUAUUUUUAGUUUUGUGCGGAUAAACAUUUUAUAAUUUAUUUUAAUCAGUGUGUCUUUAGGUUCGAAUUGACGAACAAAUUCGUUGAAAACACGAACAAUAAUAAUCGUAAUUAAUUUCAUAGUUACAAACUACUAAGUGCAAUAUUUUCAACUUAAAUAUCGAUCGGUAUGCGCGCUUAACCGAACUUUACUCAGAAUCGUUUUGUCGUCGCGUACGUAGGACACGAAUUAAACUAGCUAAACUAGUAUACUAUAAUGUGUAUCGAACAUAAUAUGAAUUCAUAUGCGUUUGAAUGGUUUUUUUUAGACAGUCCAAAUAGUAGCCAGAUAAGCUACAAGUUUGAACUAUAGUCCGCAAUAUAGAACUAAAAUACAAAGUUAUAUUUUGCAUAGCUUAUCAUUUUUUGACAUGUACUGCGUAUUUCUGUACGAUUUUUCAUUGCAUAUGAAUGUUUUAUAAAUGCACAGUAUGUAAUAUUUUAGUUAUAUUUAUAUUAUUAGUUUAAAGUAUAAUGAUUGAAAGAAUAAAAAUAAAAUACCUUUUUGUUUUCAUUUUGAAAAUCGUUUAUUUUCGUGCAUAAGUUUUGUUUUAAAAGGUAUAUUUUUACAAAAUAACAGCGUAUUAAAUGCACAUUUCUUAGGUUUUCAAAGCAUAUAAACCCGGGCCCUAAUUAUGAUUUUUAUUUUAUUUUCGAUAUGUUUUAGAGCUGCAACACCGGAACGUAAUAUCUAAUAUUAUUGUAACGUGCAAUAACGAUAUGCAGACACGCGAGGGCGCCAAGGCCAAGGCCGAGGCUGGAACAAGUAUACGAGGAUUACGUUGACGGCAACGGCGACGACGACGACUUGUGGUGUAAUUACCCACUUUGCGGGUACCUGUGGUCGCCUCGCGCGGCGGCGCACCAUUGUCAAUCGUCAGUAACCGUCCGGUGUCGUGCGCGCCAACAUGUUGCACCUGUCCGCCGGUUCGAACAUGAGGGCGUUUCGGUUGCUGGCCGCGGUGGCCGCGCUGUUCGUGCCGUUCGCGGCCGGCGCCAACAUACUGGCGUUCGUGCCGAUGCCGAUGAAAAGUCACUUCGGCGGAUUCCGGCCCAUGUUCGAGGAACUGGCCCGGCGCGGUCACAACAUCACCGUGGUCAGUUCUUUCCCGUCCACCGCCGGCGGCCGGAUCGCCAACUACACGGACGUGGACGUGUCGCCGCCAAAGUUUCCAGGUCGGGUUUUGUUUGCAAUAAUUAUCCCCGGUUUAUAUCCGUAUAAUACGGCCCGGGCGAGGUCGUUGUCGGGGGAUUUUGGAAUUCCGGUCCCGGGGAGCCUCACCCCAGCCCCUGUUUUGCCAGUUAUUGUCCCCUUGAGGUUUCACGAAAUCAAAAAACUUCUAUCAUUUCCAAUACGUAAACAAUUAAACUGGAAUAAAAUGUCCGUCCCGCCGAAAUCCCAAUAAUCGUGUAAUACCUACGUUUUUAUACUUCCAACUUUAAUCGCGCCGCCCAAAAAUGAUUCGUAUAGUUAAAUCAAGUUUACGCCACAAGAUUUUUUUUUAAAUUUUAACCAAUACAUUUUUUAUCGCGGAAAAUACUCUGUUAGUGAGUAAAAUGCUUCGAUUUUUCACGAAGUACCAAAACAAUUUCCACCCAGUAGUACUUUUAAACAUUUUAAAGUAACGUCAACAGUUCACCGUCAAUAAAUCUUACCGCUUCACUAUUAGACAAACGUAUGUAAGACAAAGACAGAACAUCACCGUUUCCAAUCCCCUUAACAAUGACGGAGAAUAUUAUUAGGUUGACGGCCGGCGACGGCGCGCUGUUAGUGCCCAGUUUAACCGGUUAAAAUGUCUAACACCAGAGUGCGUAUACCGACUCCGACAAUUUUCCCCGCAUUUAUACAAUGCAAGCGUAGUAAUAAUUAUCGUAAACAAAGAAAUCCGACGAAUUUUGAUUUCUUCAUGUGAUCAUCAGCACGUAUUAUAAAUUUAAAAUAUUAUAAUAAUGUUUCCAAAAUUAUUUCGCAGCUUGUUUGUGCCUUUGAACCGUGGAGAAUAAACCGAAUAAUAUUCGCAGACAAUACAAAUACAUAUUUUUAUAAAAUUAAAACUUUUAAUGUAUUUAGUGUUAAAUUUUCAAGUAUUUCUCUUAAGUCAUUUAAAUUUAAUGUAAGUAGAUUUUCUUGCAAUUGGUCGUCAUACCAUAACCACCAUGAACAUAGAGCAACAUUAUUAUUAUUUAUUUUCUAUAGAUAAAAAUGCACAGUUUAAAAUGAAAACAAUUUCACCUAUUAUUUAAAAUUGAAACGAUCAUAACUUAAUAUUAUUAUCUAAUUAAUUCAGGAAGUUAAAACCAAAAAAACGUUCAGUACUAUUAAUAGACUUAACCGAAGGUUAUUUCAUUAAUAUAUCUCUAUGUACAAUUACAUAGAAAAUUAAUAAAAACGUGGUUUCAAUAUAAUACCAUGAUGCUUUAAAGGGUUUUAACUCUUUGAAGCGAUUUUUUACCAUGUUUAAAAUGGUUCAAUUGACAUAGAUACCAUAACACCGUUAUCAAUUAUGUAUCUCCGUAAAUAUUAUUUUUUAUUUGUCAUGACGUAAAAAUAAGGUGACCAAUGAAAUAACAUCGAUUUAAAAAAAAAAAAAAAUGUUUGUUAAUAUCCAUUGAAAUUUUAAGAAAGAAAAAAGCCGGGCAACUUCUCACGUGGGUGCAGCCACUGUUGUAGGUGAGAAGUUGGGAAGGUAGUAGAGGGGAAAUUAAAUGUACAUUUGUAAGUAACGAUAAACCAUUGCUAACGAAAAAACAAUUCUGAGCGGAGUUCAGUUGUUAGUGUUGUCAACAAUAAAUAUAAUAUAACAAUAUAUUUUCUUUAAUAAUAUUUGUUUAAUAUUGUAUCUAUUUUCCCGUUUGUCCUACGGUUUUCCCAUGUUUCUUCCCGGUUUUUCUCUAUUUAUUAAAAAAACUUCGGCCUGUAAACACUUACAGGCCUCCUCCCGCCCGUCCGAAACGAUUUUAACUUUCAACCCUCGUUCCCACCAUUUGUAUGCAAAAAUAACAAAAAAUUCGAAAUUAUUUCUAUAAUACAAAAACACAGAGAAAAAUUGCCCAAAUAUGUUUUUUUUGUAAUGAACUUUCUCGAGUCUAUCAAUUCAUUUUAAAUUUGUAAAGAAUGUCAAAAUUCAUUGUCGCAUCGUAAAGUUUUUAUUUACAGUUACAAUACAAAUAUAUUAAUGGCACCAAAAAAUUAUCAAAAAUAUAGAGUGCAUUAAAUUUUGCAUUGUUAUUUUUUUAUAUUAUAACUAUUAAAAAUAGUAUUAAAUAUCAUAACCAGAUGGGUGUGCGCCAAUAGCCCCUUACAUAUUUUUCUAGAAAUUACGCACAACCCUCUCCUCUAUUUUGUAUUGUAAAUUCUUAAGAACGCCACUGUGCUCGAUGACGCAGUAUUAUUACAACAUCCUCACCUGUUAUUAUUAUUACUUUUUUUUUUUUAAGAAUUCGACGUGAUGAAGUUCAUCGACCAGAACUUCUUGAUCACCGUGGUGUCCAAGUGGUCGUUCGCGAACAUGUUGUCGCGCGUGAUGGACCAUCCGAACAUCAAGGAGCUGAUCCGGUCUGAGGCCAACUCGUUCGAUCUGGUCAUGGUCGAAUCGUUUUUCCAGGAGUACACCGUGGCGUUGGGUCACAAGUUCAACGCGCCCGUCGUCAAUCUGGCACCCGCCAUGAUCUGGGCAAGCAUAAGUAAAUGGCUGCAUGUGCCCGCGACGUUCGCGUACGUACCGGACUGUUGCGUGGGCACUACGGACCACAUGGGUUUCGUUGAACGUGUGAAGAACACCGUCACCGGGGUGUUGGAGACGUACGUGGAGGACUACCUGUACGUGCCCAAGAUAAAAGAAAUAAUGAACAGGCAUUUCCGGUACGGCGGAUGGGAGUCGAGACCGGCACUCGAGCAGAUGCUCGGCGACGUUUCCCUGACGCUGAUGAACGCGCAUCACGUGGUUGGCGUGUGCCGCCCGUACCCGCCGGGAGUCAUCGAGGUCGGAGGGAUGCACAUCAGAGAACCGAAACCCUUGCCGCCGGUAAACCAUUUAAUCUGUGGCAGUGACAGACUUAUUAUCAAGACGAGCCCGCUUAGUGCCUGAGGCCAAUGAUUUUUAGGGUGGCCAUAAUUAUUUUAUUUAUUUAUUUCAACAACAACAUCUAUGUAUACCUCAUAUUUAAUAUUUGCAUACUAACAUUAUAAACUAGAGAACCCCCCCCCCCCAAAAAAAAAGAUAGAAAAAAAAAUAAAUAUAGAUUACGGUAUUGAUUGUAAAAACUGAUUUGCGCGGGACGACUUUACUAUCUUUCCGUACUUACAGUUGAACUAUAAAAAUUGCACAGCACACUAAGAAAAGAUUAACUUAUCUACCACUAUCUAAACUUUCAGAGAAAGCGCUACAGUCCAUAAUUUGAAACAAUUUUUCUGGUAGAAAAGUUGUUCACGGGCAGAAAAAAAUACGUGCUCACAUCAUAAUGAGACCAAUAGAUGAUCCCUCUUUACGCUCCGAAUCUAAAAUUAAAUCAAAAAUACACUAAUGUAGUAAAACGUGCAAUACAUUCCUCGUUGCACUCAGAAUCUAAAAUGAAUACAUGUAGACUAUUUAAUAUUGUUAAAAAAAUAAUACUCAUUAUGCUCAUCAAAUUAUAAGGUGGGACAAGAUAUUUCAGGGUGGGCCCGAACUCCACCUUAGCAUUCCCUUGAUGCUACUAGAGGAUUUUAUAACACAGUCUCGUUGCUAGUGGGUGCCUUGAAUAGCGAUCAUUUUUAAGGAGUUUAGUAUAGGUAAUUUCAAUCGUUAUGAUAAUAUCGUAUUGUACAUUAUGUAUUUGUAUUAUCAUUCCGUUUUAUUAUUAUGUUUGUUUCAAUUUUUCAUUAAAUUUGUUUUAUAAUAUUUGGAAAAAAAUAUAUAAACACGCAUGGUUUUGGCCUAAAGCAACAUUUGGACGGAAGUACGGUUCUUUUUUUAAAGAAAAUGGACAAUGAUGGAAAAUGGCAUUGCAUUUUUGAUAUGGAAAUGGUCCUGCUUUAAUAUCAUUGUUCCCGAAAAUUGUGUGGUUUUUUUUUCAUAAUAUUAUGUAUUUUCGCGAUUUUUUUUCAGGACUUACUGGAUUACGUCGAGUCGGCUUCUCACGGUGUCGUCUAUUUUAGUUUCGGUUCGUUAGUGAAUUUAUCUUCAUUGCCCGAAACGAAAUUGAAUAUUUUUCUCCGAGUCAUUGGCGAGUUAAAACAAAAAGUAAUCAUGAAAUGGUCGCCGGGAAAAUCGGUGAAAUUACCGGCAAACUUACGGAUCGGUUCGUGGUUGCCCCAGAUGGAUAUUUUAGGUGAUACUAAACUGGACGUGUUUUUUUUAAAAAAAAAAUUAAUUUUUAUCAUAAUUUUAUUAUAAUAACAUUUUCAAUUCGGAUUUCCGCAGCUCAUCCGAACGUCAAGUUGUUCGUCACUCACGGCGGUUUAAACAGCAUCGAAGAAGCUGUGUAUAACGCGAAACCCGUUGUGGGCAUUCCGUUUUUUGCCGAUCAGCUUUCCAACUUGAAAUACGUCGAGAAAAACGGUUUCGGGAAAAUGUUACCGUUCUCAAAUCUGACCGCGAUAUCGUUCCGUAACGCUAUAGAAGACAUACUUACCGAUCCAAAGUACGUACAACUGUUGUUUUUUUUUUCAAUUCUAAUCUAAUUCCUAGGACUGGUCGAAUGAUUGAUAUUUUUCUCUCAGUCUCGCGACAGUCUAUCCCUAUAGCUUCUUAGUUACAUUAAAACUCCGCGUAUGUAUUGAUUCCGUUGUCUUCCGAUAUUUGCUUCACGAACAGCGCCCUUGGUCUUCUUUUAUCUGUUCCACCAUCAAUAUUCUCCAUUCACCCGGGCUGUGAAUUUGAAUGACGGACUGAGAACUAUUGAAUAGGUACACAUUGUGUACACAAAAUACACCUGAUACGACUGAUAGGUAGUUGCGUGAUGUAUUUUUACACGAAUUACCCAUUUCAUAAGCCCUACUCAUCUACCCAUUAACAAUAUCCCCGCCCCAUCAUACAUUUUCUGUUUUAAAAUUGAUCGAACCGGUACAGUCGAAAACACUUUAAGCGAUUAUUUUUCAAUGGACGCCUAAUCUUAGAUAUUUCAUUUUGAAGGAUAUCUGUAUACUUUUUCUGUUUAAUGUUUUUUCGAACGAAGUAUCGCGUUAGCAUAAUCGCGACUUUUAGAGUCGCGAUAUUUUAGUCGAAAAGGAAUAGUUGAAUAUUUUCAAGGUGAUGGAUUUUGUUAUUUUCUUUUAGGUUUGAAGAGAUGGCAGCCGUCCGGAGUCGGAUGUUCCGGGAUCAACCGAUGAAACCAUUGGACCGAGCAGUAUAUUGGAUAGAGUACGUUGUCCGACACGGCGGAGCUAAACAUUUGAAAAGCGACUCGAUAGGACUCAACGACGCCCAGUAUUUUUUGUUGGACUUUACGGCAGUUAUGGCGUCACUGGCGGCGGUAUUCAGUUGGUUGUGUUACUGGAGUGCGGCCAGGAUAUCGUCGAAAUGUAUAAAAUGA